AUUUUGCUAGUUUAUGUUGCAAUUAAGCAGAUUGUCAGAAUUUACAAACCCGGCGACGCGCCACCCUUCAAAUACCGCCAGAAAAAACUCGUAGCCGGACGAUUUCUCAAUUACCAAACCAUGUAUGUCAUUUCUCAUCUGUAAUUACACUUGGAAUGCAUGAAGAAGGCGUGUCCUUUCCAAUUCCUAAUUAGGAACGCUACUCUAUUUUCACUUCAAAGACUCGCUUCCUUCUCCUCGUAUUCGUCUGCAAUCCCUAGAUCACUCAGUUCCUCUACCGAUGAAGACGACGUUGAAGCGGAAGAAGGAGGCAGCUCUGUUUAUCGACAUGCUCUCCAGCACCAGCGGCCGACCACCAUAAGGUGGCAACCUCAGCUGGAGAAUUCUGUCAGCUUUAUUGGACGCGUUGGUGGGCCCCUGGAGAUUUACAAGACAAAAGGCGACGAUUUUGGGGCUUAUACCUUUAUCCAUGUGGGAUACCCUGGUCGUUCAAAUUGUACGUUUAGAAUGCAAGUGGAGAUGCGGGAUGAUAUGGCAAAAGUGGGAAAUCAACAUCUGAAGAAAAACGAUACUGUGUAUGUUUCGGGACGUUUAGGGUCUUACAAGAAGGCCGAUGGGAAUGGAAACCUCAUAUCAUUUUACAAGAUAAUUGUAAAAGAUUUGUACUAUGUUGCACCGUGUGAUCAAGGCCCAAUUUCCCAAAACCCCGAGGAACUGCAAUCAAAGGCCUGCCAGAAGUCUGUGGAAUCACAAUCAAAGCCCUGCCAGAAGUCUGUGGAAUCACAAUCAAAGCCCAUCGAAAGAACAAAGGAAUCACAAUCAGUGAGAGCUAUGUCUCUUGCAACGGAUUCAGGUGAAAGUGGCUUGGGAAAUUGCGCAAACCAUCUGUACUUGUGGCAAUUGUUCUUUUGCAAGCCAUAUGAAUGGUGGGAUAAGAGGAAAAAUAAACAAAAUUCAUCUUCACCAGAUUUUAAGCACAAGAAUACUGGUGAAAAUCUUUGGCUGAGGCCGGAUGAUCCCCCAUGGGUCAAAAGACAACUGCAAUUGCUUGACUUGGAAAUUGCAAAACAAAGGCGUGCACAAGGUGGAUGUGAAUCUGGCAUUGGAAGGAAAAGCCAGCACCACUUAUGGCAUGUCUUUUUCAGAAACCCACAUGAAUGGAGGGACAAUAGGCAAAAUAAGAAAAACUCACGGUCACCAGAUUUUAAGCACAAGUUCUCCGGUGAAGCUCUUUGGAUGAGUGAGGAUGAUCCCCCAUGGGUCAAAAGGCAGCUCCAGUUUCAUGAUUCCAAUAUGGCAAAACAAGGCCAAGGGGAAAAUGUCUUUAAAUGGAAGUUUGACGGUGAGGAACUGAUCUAGAGAAUCUUUAAAAUGAAUGGAGUUAUAACACAACAUAGUUACACUUUCUGCAUUUCCUCAUCUCUGGCUUCUGCUCGUUUGUACAUAUUGACUGAAAUCAAUGCUUUAAAAUCUCAUUGGUGGCUGAUAAUUGUAAUCUGAAACUGAUGUAUAUUAAGUACUGAUAUUGAACUAAAAUGAGAUUGUUUAUUAACAGAA